AUGGACGGUGACCCCAGGGACGGGGCGAUUCCGGUAGACAGCGGCAGCAAUGGCCUAGCGGCAGGGACAGCAGCCGGCGCCUCGCCACGACCAGAUAGGAGUGAUCCGGGCUCUGUGUCUCCGGCUGGCUUCGUUGGGUUGUCUUCCAAUCCUUCUGUUGGCGGGUUAAAACAGCACCUUGGUCUUGCCGUUGUUGCCCAGCAAGAAACUAAGGAUGAUGAACCGGGAGAAGUCGACGGUAGUGGUAACGGCACCCAGCAUCACAACGCCGAUCUAGCAGCAUCAGCAGCGAUGUCCAUGGAUGGGAAGCCGCCCCCCGCGGCGGCAGGUUCUCGACAUCCACAGCUACCUAGCGCGGACGGGGAGAGAUUGACUGGCGACGGCACAAAAGCCGCGACGGACGGCAGUCCUGCCGGCAUUGCCGGACUGCCGACCAGCCCCGGUGCUCCGCCGCCCACCGCUCCUCCGCUGCCUGCUACCCCCGCUUCCUCUUCCAAGUCGGGCGGCGCUAUUAAGCUUGGUGGAGGAGCGUCUAUGGGGCCGAAAACCUUGUCGCCACCUCGGGGAAUGGGGGGCAGGCAUCGGUAUCUGGACGGUGGACACGGCGACGCCGCCAGGGAUUCGCCACCGGCGGCGGAGGCUUCGGUAGCGGCAACGGCACGGACGACGGCUAGCUCGCCCACAACCCAGGGGCCAGCCGAUGACUUCGGCGACAUCAUUGACAGCGGACAUGGACCAACGCCAACAGCAUUAGCAUCGGGAGAUGAUGACCGCGCCGUCGUGGCAUCGAGAGCAGCGGGAGGACUUGUAUCUAUGGAGGCGGUGAACGACGAUGGCCCAGACGCCGGGGUAUCCAUGGCGUCCAUUGCCCGACAAACGUCGCCUAGCCCGUCGUCGAUGGAGGUUGAUUCUCUGUUGGCGGUUCGGCGGGGAUACGGCACACCGUCACCACCGCCACCCGCAGCCCCUGUUUCCCCGCCAGCGGGCCGCCCUUCCGAGACCGCGAUGGAAGCGGAGGAGGAAAUGUUGUUUCCACGACAGCCGCCAACAGCGGAUGGCGCGUUGUCGGCCUCCCGCGACGAGCCCGAUGCUUGGACGGGAGAGGAGAGAGGCGGGGGAGCGGUGUCCCCACGAGACCGGGCAUUGCUGCCACAGCUGCCCACGGCGGCGCCGCCCGCGUGCUCAGAAUGUGAUCAACCACCACAAGAGUCGAGAGAGUCUAAGGAGUCACGUACAUCACCACAGGGCGUGCGGUCGGGUGCUGAACCGAUCGCCGCACGUUCUUCCUCCCCCUUGCACCCGCCGGGCCCUGGCGGGCCGACUGGUAAGGUUUUGAACGAUUUUGCUUCACCGUUGGCUCCGGUUGCUGCGGAACAAGGUGGAGCGGCUAUCGGGGACAGGCCGAUGGGGAGGGCGUCGGUCGCAGCGCCGCAGGGUUGGCUUGAAGGGGAUGCGGCGAAGCGAAGGCCGGUGGAUGCUACGCCACGAGCAGGAGCGGGAGCGGCUGGCAGUGAUCGGACACGUUCGGAAUCCAUAGAUGCGGUGAUCUCAGUAGGGCCGCCGAGCCUUGCCGAAUCACCCUUAAGGAGAGCGGGGAUGGGGCAGGAGGAGGAGGCCGUAGAAUCGCGCAAUAACAUGGUCGCGCGCGGGGUGGCAGCGGCGGGAAACGAACCGCUGCUGCCGCCGCCGCAACUCGCCCCAUCCUCAGCACAAGCGCGGAGCCAUUCACCAGGCGAGGUGACCACUCCGAGGGCGACGCUUGAUCCCGUGGAAGACGGCGUUGAUGCUCGGUUGGGGGUUGAACAAGCUCCGUCUCGCGGGGAGCGCGGCGUCCAGGCGAUGGAUGUCGACGGGCCGCAACAGCAGCAGCAGCAGCAGCCACCUUCUGCUGGGAUGAGCGGUCAGCAGGACCGGUGCUUCCAAACCCUGGACGGGGAAGUCUACACCGGGGCGUUUGGCAGCAGAGCCGGCGAAGGUUCUGCGGGUGGUGGCGACGGGGGAGCCGGAGACGAGGCGACGGACGGCGCAACGGGAGGAGUCGCAGGAGACGUGCCCGGUGGUUCGCGACCCGGUCAAGGCCGCGAUCCACCCGGCAGGAUCAGUGAGGGGAAGGAAGGCGCUGGAGAAGGACCAGUCGGAGACGUGCCUCGUGGCGUGGCAGGCCGGCGGGGACGCGAUGCGCAACCGCUGUCGGGCUUAGCCCCCGGCGUGGUGUUGCCUGCCCUAGAAGGCCGGGCAUCUUCGGAGGCGGCGCCGGCGCAGACGCCGUCGUCCUCGCCGACGAUAGCGACGCCGUUUGAGGGAAACCCCGUCGGUAUGCUGCCGGCAGGGGCGGCGAACCCGUGCGACUUCUCCAGCCAAUCUCUGGCGGACCAGCUCCUGGCGGACGAUCCCCCGGAGAUGAUGGCGGUGGACGAGACCUUCCCGGCUGGCGAAAGGACCGCUUUGGUCGGCGAAGGGGCACCGGGGGCCUCCAGAGGGGAGGCGGCAGUGAACGCUGGGGGGAUGUCGGCGCUCGGGCGAAGGGCCAACGGAGACGAGGCGCUCGCCGGCCCGAGGCGCUCGAGUACAGCGGCGGAACCUGCUGGUACAGCUGCUUUGGAUCGGCAACGAGGCGACUUGAAGGUGGGCGGCGGUGGGGAGCAGCCGGGUUGGGCAGCGCGUGCUGCCGGUGCGUCGUUUCCCGGCGGUGGCGGCGGCGCGGCAGCCGUAGGCGGGUUUGUCCCACGGGCGACGGCUUUGGACAGCGUUCUCAACCACGGUCCGCGCACGCCAGCGGCGCCGUUUGACAGUAGCAGCAGCAGUCGCCCCGCUGAUGACGCGACGAUGACCACGGCGCAGUCUUUUCUUCCGCCGGAGAACGACACGUACGCGGCGCUGUUAGGCCUACGUACGCCCUCGUCGACAUCGGCGCUGGCGCCGCCGCCGCCGCAACCAACGACGCCGGCGCCCGCACCCAGCCCACCGUUUUCGACGAGUUCGACGACGGUUGCCGACAUUUUUGGUUCACGGAUGUCUGCCCAACCUGUAUCAGGCGUCGGCGGCGGUGGUGGUGGUGGUGGUGGUUCCACGGCCGGGAACACCGCAGCUCUGCGUGGCAUGCUGCCGAUAGGUCGGCCGGAGCUUCGACACCCGAGCUUGCAGCAACAGCAGCUGCAGCAGCAGCAGCAGCAGGAGUUAAGGAGGCGACAACAAGCAGCGGCGGCCGCAGAAGUAGGGGAGUUUUCCUCCUCUUUUGUCGCGCCCGCCGCCUCCGCGGCCGCCGUCGUCAGCGGUAGACGGAUGUUGGACGUAGGCGCCCGAGGUUUUGGCGGGCCUUCACAAGCCGCGGUCCCGAAGGGCGCCAUGAGCGGUAGACGCCCCGUUCAAGCGGGUGAAGAGACCUGGCGCGGUACCGAUCUGACUCUUCCACCAGCUACCAGCACGGUGACGGCCGCGGGUGGUGGUGAUGGUAGCGCGCACGACAGGGAACGUCGGCUCUCUGGCGUGUCCGGCGAGGCUUCCGGCGUGCACGCCAUGGGUUCAGCCCCACUGUCUUCUUUCGGGGCGUCCCCGUUGGCGCCGCAGGACCCUGGCGGGCGUGGAGGGGGGGUGCGCAACGGCAGGGGGUUGUCUCUGCAGGCCGUGGCGCAAGGUCCUACGGCCUCUUCCUCCGGCGCCGGGUUGUCGCCGCGAUUUGGCGGUGGAGCGAUCGGCGUGAACCAAUUCAACGACGCGCCGGUGGCUAAUAUCAGCUACAAGAGCGCUCAGCGCUUUGGCGGGAGCGGCAGCACUUCCCCCAGAGGCAGGGCCGGGUUGCAUGCCUCCGGCGCCGGCGCCGGAGCGGCAACAUCGUCGUUGGCCGCUGCCACUCCCUUCCCCCCCGCCUCCGCCCCGGCCUCCUCCUCCUCCCCCCUUGCCAACGGCGGACCAACGCAUCGCGCCGUGGCGGCGGCGGGUAACUCGUUCGCUACGAACACGUCGAGGACGCUCCCCUCUCCCCUGUCCAUGAACCCCGGGGUUUCGGCAGGGUCGUCGCCUAGGCAAGCCCCGGCUGGUUGGAGGAGCGGCCCAACGGGGGGGUCUUCGAAUGGCGCCCGUGUGCAGCAGAACUCGUGGUUGUCGAACGAUGGCUCAAGCGGCGGCGGCGGCGGCGGCGGCGGCGGCGGCGGCGGUAUAUCGCCACGCGGGUUUGGACAGCAACCAGCGGCCAGGGGGUCCCAUCAUCAGGUCCAGCCCCAUUCCGCCGGGUUCUCUCCUCCAGCGGCGACCGCUGCACGGAUAGGGGUCUCGGUACCCACCGCUGAGGUCACUCGCAUACCGAGCAUGCCGGCGUUCCCUGCCCCGGAGCGGUGGACUCGACCAGUUUUUCUGCCCCCAACCCCUCCUCCCUCGCCGCCGCCCAAGCCGGAGAUGCCGGCGCCGCCGGUCGCGGCGCCCCCGGAGUUGGACGGUGGCGAUGUGCAGGCGCAAGAAGCAGCGCGGGCUGCGUCUGGUGAUAGUUCGUCCGGCCCGGGCACUGCUGCUGGCGCUGGCGCUGAUGCCAUGGAUGUGGACGAGGAGGCACGGCGAGACGGUACGAUAGGGUCGGGAGAUUCUAGGAAGCAGUCGUCGUGGUCGGAUACGGCAGAGGCGGGUAGAUCAGGCGGUGACGGUGGGGCCUCGGAAAAGGAGGGAGAGGCCUCGGAGGAACGGUCGCAGAGCAAAUACGACGGCCGGGACCACGGGGUGGAGGAGGAGAAAGGAGGAGAGAGGAAGGAAUCGGACGAGGCGACCAGUGGAAAGGCGCAAGGAGAGAACGAGCUCGCGGAGAAGGAGGCCUCCAGCAAGGCCGAGGCCGCCAGCAAGGCCGAGGCCGACGCGAAGAGGAAGGCCAGGGCGGCGGCGGCGGCGGCGCUUGUUUGUUUUGCUCGCGUCGGCACGAUGCCUGUCUCGGGUGUGNUCAAGCGCCUGAGGGAGGACGCCGAGGAGAGAAAGAGGUCGGGACGCCUCGCCCAACCACAGGGGGGAGGCGCCGAAGCCGGAGCCGGAGCCGGAGCGGUCGCCGCGUUGGAUGACCCCGCAUGGGCGGCGGAGGAAGACCCUUUUCAAGAACAGGAGCCCGUCAUCGCGGUGCCCUGCUUGCGGGGCCACGAGGGAAAUGGGGCCAAGGCGCGUCGGGACGCCGGAGGCUCCGGGGAAGGGGCCGGAGGCGGCCCGGCGGAGAAGGACGCGGGAGCUGCGGGCUACCCUCCCCUCGGCCAGCGCCGCUUGCAGCGGCGGCUGGGGUGCGCGAGGCGGCAUGCGGCGCUGGCUCAGCACCCCGGCGGCGCCGGGCUUCGCCUCUCCACCCUCCUCAAGGCGGACGCUCCGGCGGAGGAUCCCUCCAGGGGGGGCUGUGCCGGGGGCAGCAGCUGGCUCGGCGCCAGGCUCGCGAGGAUGCGCAGGAUCGAGGGCGAGGAGUGGGCGGCGUGGCAGCGGCGUGUCGGAGAGGAGGAGGCGUCCAACCCGGGCGAGGCGGCGGGGCCUCCCCUCCCGUUCGGUUUCGUGCCGCGCCUGGUGCACCGGGCACUCGGCGCAUACGCGCUGAUCCGCACUUUCAGCAGGCCGUUCCGGCUCACCCCGGCCUCCAGCGUGUCCUUCCUGCGGGCCCUGUCGCUGCGGCUGCGCACCCCGCUCCUGGACGCUAUCCACUGCGAGCUUCUCCGCAGAGUGCUGUGCCUGCUGAGGGGCCGGUCGGGGAACUGGGCGAAGAGUAGCGCUGCGCAGCAGGAGCUGGACUGGAAGUACUUGGACCAGGUCACGUGGCCCGCGUAUUUCGUGGAGUUCGUCCGGACGAUGGAGGAGCAGCGGCAGCGGGAAGACGCCAAGGCCGCGGCCGAGGCUGCAGCUGCUGACGCCGAGCAAGACGGGAUGAUGUCGGUGUCAGAAGGGGAGGAGGAGGGAGACGCUAGCUCGAGCGGCGAAUCUGACGGCUCUUCUGCAAAGCGAAGGCGGCGGCGGCGGCGGCGGCGGCGGCGGAACGGCGGCGGCUCGGGCAGCGAAGAGGAUGAGGAGGAGGAGGAGGAGGAGGAGGAGGAGGAGAGGGACUCGCUGGAGACCCUGUGCUUGGCGUUUCAGGCGGGAGAGCACCACCUGCUGCCGCUGGAAAUGAAGGUCCAGGCUCUCGAGUACCUCGUCGAUCGGGCGAUGGAGUGCCCCUGGUUCGAGAAGGAAAUCGACAACCGGGUGCGCACCCCACCGGAGGCCUUCGUGGUGGACGCGGACGACGGCAAGGUGUUCGACUGCGUCAUCUGCGGACAGGUCGGGAACCUCCUGUGCUGCGACAACUGCCCGCGGGCAUACCACCCCAGGUGCGUCGGCGGCAAGCAGGGCAUCGACAGCGUCAACUGGUCCUGCUGGGAGUGCCUAAUCGAGGACUCGGCUCGCGACGGCGUGCGGGUUCCGCGGGUAUCGACGUCGAUGGGGCCGGUGUGGGUGAUCGGCGGGUACGUGUUCCGCCCGACGCCGCCGCCGCCGUCGUCGCACAAGAAGGACGGUGCCGGCGGAGGGGGCGGCGGGAAGUCGUGGGAGGCGGCGGCGGAGGAGGCGGAGGAGGCGGAAGCGGUCGCUAUCGUAAAGGCCGCCGAGCAAGAGCAAGUCAUGAAGGCGGUGAAGGCGGCUGCCGCGGCCGACGAAGCCGCCGCAGCAGCAGCGGCCGCCCGCCCGGCCACCCCGCGCGGGCGCGGCCGACCCCGCGGGCGUCCCCGAGGUAGCCGCAACAAGACCUCGGCUACUGCCCGGGGAGCGGCCGCUGCCGCUAGAGGAAAAACCUCGCCGAGCGGGAGGGGGCGGGGGCGGGGGAGAGGGAGAGGCAGGGGGCGGGGUCGAGGAAGAGGGAGGGGCAGAGGGCGGGGGCGAGGGAGAGGGAGGGGGCGAGGAGGGGGGCGGGGCGGUGGGGGGCGCGGGCGGGACUCCGAGAGCUCGGAGAGCAGCGACGAGGAGGAGGAGGACGGGGAGGAAGACGAGGAGGAUUCGGAGACGGAACGACGGCGGGGGGGGUCUGCGGACAGGGGCAAGUCGGACGAAGGGCCGGAAGGGUGGGGGGCGGAGCUCCUGUCCCCACGGGACGUGUUUCUGCUCGGCAGGGUGCUGGGGGAAGAGACCGCAAAGGAGUUCCCCUUCAGCAUGGUCAAGUUCCCGUCGGGGACGUUCGUGAGGCCAAAGGUGGCGGCGGCUGCGGCGGCGGUGGCAGCGGCGACUGCGGCGACGGCGGCGGCGGCGGCGGCGGCGGCGGCGGCACAGGGAGACGGCUCGCCCGAGGACCGGCCCGGCGAGAGGGGUUCGCAAGACGACGACAGCGUGUCGGAACCGUCUUCGCUGUCCGCGACGACGACCAGGAGAGCGCCAGCAGCCGGUGACGACGAAGGAAGCGGCAGCGAAGGCAAGGAUAGCGAUAGCGACGACGACGGAGCUUCCCCGGUGAGGCAGGUCCGCGUCACGCGCUCCAGGCUGAAGGCUACAACCGGGGAGCCGGAGGCCUCAGCGACUACGAAGCCCUCCUCCUCCUCCUCCGCUUCCUCCUCUGGAAGCGAGGACUCCGAGAGCGAGGCGUCUGAGGCGGAGAAGUACGCAGCAAAGAAGGCCUCAUCGCGGAAGGCCCCCGCCAGAGUUUCUCGCUCCCGCGGCUCUCCCCCACCGAAGCCUGUGCCGUCCGACGUGGACGAGCAGGGUGUCGAGGAUGCCGCCGUCGUCGCCUCCGCCGAUAUGAAGAGCCGCGCCGGCAAAGGCCGCGCGAGCGCUGCUGGCCGUUCCGCAAGCGACGAUGAUGACGACGAGGCGAGAGGAGAGGCUGCGGAGGAGUCUCCCGCCGGCGGCAGCGCAAGGGGCCCCGCGGAGGAGGCAUUGCAGGAGGCAGAGGUGGGUGCCCGGCCAGCCGCAUCCAAGGACGAUGACGUCGACGAGGAGCAGGACGAGGGUAGCAGCGCGAGCGCCGGGGCAGCAGCAGGUGGUGGUACAGCAGCCGGCGGUGGCUCGCCGGAAGACGAUUGUGAGGAAGCCAGGCCGUCAUCAGGGGACGUGUGCGACGGAACGGCUGAGGAGCAAGCAGGCGUUGGGGAGAAGCAGGCGGAGGAGGAGGAGGAGGAGCAAGAGGAGCAGGAGGAGAAGCAAGAGGAGGAGGAGGAGCAAGGGGAGGAGGAGGAGGAGGAGGGGGAAGAGGAAGCCGCGGCGGCGGACGGCGACCCCGCGGCGUCGACGAAGGAGGGUGGGAAGGCCAAGGAGACUCCACCGCCGCCGCCGAUGACCCCCGAGGAGGCGGCGGAGGCGGAGGAAGCGGAGGCCGUAAGGCUGCAGGCCGAGGAGCGGAAGGCGCACCUGGCCAGGGUCGCGGCGCAGAGGAAGGCGGCGGCGGUCGCGAGGGCGAAGGCCACAGCGGCCGCCAAGGAGGCGAGGGAGGCGGCGGCGGCGGCGGUGGCGAAGGCAGCGGCGGAGGCGCAAGCGGCGGCGACGGCGAGGGCACAGGACCUGCGUUUUCAAACGCAGGCGUACGCCAGAGCGGCGGCGGAGAGGAAGGCGAAGGCCGAGGCCAGGACGAAGGCGGCCGCCGAAGCCAAAGCCGCGAAGGAGGCGGAGGCGCGGCGUAAGCGCGAGGCUAGGCAGGCGGCGGAGCGGGCGGCGGCGGAGGCCGCGGCGGAGGCGAAGGCUAAGGCACGGGCGCUCCUCAUCGCCUCCAGCAACCCGCUUGAGUACGUUAACCGGUACGCCAAGGCCGUGCCGUGUCCGGACAUGCCGGCCCACAAGGAGGCGGCCCCGCCGCUGGAGCUCUCCCAGGAGUCUCACUUCUGGCACGCGUGGCCCCUCGGAGCGGUGGGCGUGCCGCACCCGCUCCUGCCGGGAGACCCGGUCGCUAACCCCGCCGAGGGGGAGGGCCUCGUCGCGUGCGCUCACCUGGAGCCCGUCGCCAGGCUCCUCCUCCAGCUCCAAAAGUCAUUCGGCGGGCUGCUGUUCGGUACCCAGUGGACCAGCGCGUGGGGCCUAGGCGGGCAGUGGCCGAUGGAGGUCCGGGCGGCCGGGAGCGUGCAGGCGCUUGGCCGGCUGGCGCAGGAGCUCGUGGAGGCGCUCCCGGCGCGGGUGUUCCGAGAGUCGUGGCAGACGCCGUACGAGCUGAAGGUGUCGCGGGCGUACAAGACCGAGGUCGAGGCGGCGAAGGCGGCGAAGGCGGCGAGGGAGGCGGCCGCGGAGGCGCAGGCGAGGAGGGUAGCGGCGGCGGCGGCGAGAGAGCUCGCGAACCGGCAGCUCGCGGCGGAGCGGGAGGAAGCGGUGGCGGCCAAGGCUGCUGCCGCCGCCGCCGCCGAAGCUAGGGCGAGGGAGGAGGGAGGGACGGCGGACCGAAAUCAGACCGAUACAACAGGCGCCCAGGCUGGGGCGUGGAUGGCGAACGGGGUGACGUUCGACGAUCCCUCGCCGCCGGGAUCGAGUGUCCACGGGCGGCGCGGCAGCGGGUCGGGGCUGCCGCCGCAGCCGGGCGGGGAGCCGUCUCCCACGGCAGUAGAGGCGGCGGCGGGUGGGUCGUCUGGCGCGCCCCCGGCCGAUGCCGACAGCUACCGGUCCCCGAAGAAGCAACGGCGGCGUUCGAGCCGGCCGUCGGUUCCGCCGGUGGAACUGGUCGUCUCGCCUGCUUCGAUGUCCCCGCUGAGGAGCAGCCGCGGCAAGCGCAAGGCGUCCAUGGGCGGGGGAAGGGAGUCCUUCGGCGUGGGCGCCGGCGCCGGGGGCGCCGGCGCCGGCGAGGACGGGGACGAGGACACGGCCAUGCCCGGCGAUGCUAGCAUGAAGUCGGGGCUGGACCACAGCAAGAUGUCGGACGCGGAGUUCGACCGGAUGCUCGCCGACAUGGAGGCGGACAGGGGCAGUGAGAGGGGCGGUGGAAGCGGCGGCAAGGCCGCGGCGCAGCCGCACUCUUUCCCCCCCCAGGGGUACUUCGACACCUACCCGAAGUGCGAGUGGCGGGUGCGGUGUUACUCCCCCGGCGUCUCCGGCGGUGGGCAAGCUCCCCAAAGGGUAGGAUUAGCGGCGGUGCCGGGACGCGCGGGGGCGGCGGCGGCAGCAGCUUCGUCGACGGUGGCUCUCCCUCCACCCGCUCCCUUCCCUUCUUCGUCCUCGAAACAGCGCCGGCGAACACGGCGGCUGUACCCAGCCCUGACGGCCUCGGCCCGAGCGGCCAGGGAGCUGGGCGUCGGGGAGACGCUCCUCCGCGGCCGUCGGUUCUUCCCGCCGACGAGCCGGAAGCAGCCGCCGUCCCGCCUGGCUCGCGCCAUGGCCAGGCGCGGCACCCACCGUCCCAUCCCGGGGUUCUGCUACGUGACCCCCGCGGGCACCUCGAGCGCGGCCGUCGACGGCGCCAAGGUUCCCGUGUCGGCGCUCUGGCACGCGCGCGUCGCACGGUGCCGGAGCGCCGCCGAGCUUGCGGUUCACCUCCGGAGCCUUCAGGUGGUGAUCGACCAGGACCUCGUGGACCAGGCGACGGCCUCCGGCGGCCUGGGGGUACGGGCCGCGCGCGGCGGGGGAGGCGCCGGGGAGGACCAGAUCCACGUCGUGGACGAGCGCUGGGGGUCCGCGGUGGGGGAGGUGGAGGUAUUGCUGAGGAUCUGGGCCGCUGGGAGAAGGGGAAAUGCCAACCGCGUACAACAUAUGUCCAAUCUGGAGGAGCUGAGCCGCGAAAGGGAGACCUGGGUGAGGGUCAGCGAGCUCAGUCCCCGGGCGCUGCUGCUGUGGGUGAAGUGGAGGUCGCUCGCGAAGAGGGAGGCCGAGCUCGCGGAGGCCCGAGCGGAACACUUCAAGAUGGCCUUUUACUCGAUCCUUAAGGCUCACGAGACGGCUGUUGCGGGGCUGCUGGAGGAGGCGAUGGCGAUGGGGGCGGAGGCGCCGGACGCGUUACGGCUGGAGCAGGCGAGGAAGGGCGCGGUGGAGAAGCUGACGGCGAACUACGUCCGCCGCCAGGAGACCUCUGGGUAA